AUGGCAGCGCAGGCGUCGGCGCCUAGCACGUCGGCGACCAGCGCAGUCAAGGUGAUAUCAAAGACAUGGGCCAGAGACUCUCAUGACCUCUUCGACUUUGAGGCACAUCAGCUGCAUACGCAGACGUUUUCGGUGCCGAAGUCCACGGUCUGCAUGCGCAAUGGCACAGAGGUGCAGAUGGUCGGGGAGCGGGAUGCGCCGCCGGCAGGAGGAGAUCCUCUCCUGCGCCUCGUGCAGCGGGAUGGGACCUUCUGGGACAUCCUGGCACGGAGGCCACGCGGCCCUCGAUUCUCCUCAUUUCUGGGACGUUCCGAGACGAGCUUCGAUGCGCUGACGAUCGAUGCAGCCGUGCUUCCCUCAGAGAAGAUGCUGGACAUUCGAAAAGCCUGCAAGUUGAAUGUGGCCGAUCCGCUGGAUCCCGUGGGUCCGGCCAAGAUCUUUCGAGACAAUUUGGAGACGGGAGCCCAGUGUGCCGAGAAGAUUGGUAGCAACCUUUUCACGGGCUCCCUCGGAGAGAGCUCCGGCACGAAAUUUAAAGGCGAAUUGCCCGUGGAGUUGGGAGGGCAGGUGCGAGAAGACGUGGAAGCCAUCCAGGACACAUGUCACGACUUCGCGUCCCUUCUUCUUCAUCGGCUGUCGCGCAAGGAAAAUAAGUCCUUGAACAAGGUGGAUGCUGUCCGUGUGUUGAAAUCCUUUGGCCGAUGCCUGGAAUCCAUGGGGCAGGGAACCACGCUGCUUGGGUGCCAGUCGGGCGGCGCUGAGGGAGAAGAUGAAGCAACGUGCGAAAAGGAGGUUGACAAGGUCCAGCCGUCCAGCAACUCCAAGAAGCUGUGGCUUGUAGUGAGAGAUCUGGUAUCCAGCAGCCAUCGGCUGCAGGAGGGUGAUGUCAUCAAGCUUGGACGGUUCAAAUUCCGUGUUCGUCAGCUGGUGGCAUCCACCUACGGUGGCAUGCAGCCAGAACUUAGGAGGCAAGAGAAGACAGCUGACGAAAUAAUUGACGCAGGUAGGUGGCAAUUUGCUCUUCUAGGGGGAGGACUCACCGCAAGUCGGAGACUCAUCUAUCCUCCCAGCUGCCAGCUCCCCGUCGGCUUGCGCUACUGGCCCAACUUCAUCACGGAGGCAGAGGAGGCGGAAUUGAUCCAGGCUGUGGAUGGUCCAGGAGCGGCCUGGUUGCGGAAGAUCCGCCGAGCGCAGCAAUUCUUUGGACUGGUUUACUACCAGACAUCCCAAUCCGUGCCGGAGUUGCAGCCGACAGCCCAAAGCUCUGCCAAGCAGCAACGUGGUCGAGACCUCGAGGAGCUACCUAGCUGGCUGAUACCACGUCUCAGGUCGUCCGGACUGUUUUCCGAGCCUGGUCGAGGCAUCAACCAAGUGCAGGCAAACGAGUACCUGGAGGAUAGCGGCAUCGGAGCCCAUGUUGAGGAUCCGGCUGCCGGAGAAACAUUGGUGACACUGUCCCUGCUGCGACCAGUACAGCUGACUCUCCAGAGGGCAGAGGAAGGUCGUCCUGUCCAUCGCGACAAAAGAGAUCCCGAGGACUGCAUCAAGGUGCUCCUCGAGCCUAGAAGUCUUUUCCUGCUGGAAGGGGAAAGCCGUCAUGAUUUUACCCACGCAAUCCGCCAGUCGAGACGAGUGCCUCUACGGGACGGCAGAGUUGUCAUCCGAGACGGGAGCUUCCGAAGGGUCUCCUUGACUUUUCGAGGCAUUGUCGAAGACAAGCGGAGCUCAAGUCGCUCGGACAUGCCAACUGGCUAUGAGACUUACGUGGUGCCGAAGGAAAUCCUGCGGAGCCAGAGCGCAAGAUGA